AUGGCACUUGCAUUACCAAUUAUUGAGAUUUUACUUUGUUCCACAUCUUUGCCAGAAAAUAAGUUUUUUAAUACAGGAGCCAUAAUCAUGACACCGACGAGAAACUUGGCAAAACAAAUUGUAUCCGAGUUUGAAACAUUAACAAUUAAUACUAGUUUAAAAUGUCUAUGUAUACACAAUUAUCAUGAUGUAAAAAGUUUAUGUAAUGGAUUUGUUGGCAUUUUAGUUGGAACACCCGGAAGGAUCUUAGAUUUU